AUGGAAUCAGGAUCAAGCACCAUGUCUGCUCUUGCUCCUCCUGUGUUUGAUGGAGAAAAUUACCAUGCUUGGGCUGUUCGAAUGCAAGCCUACAUGGAGGGGUGUGACUUUUGGGAAGCAGUCGAGCAAGACUACGAAGUGGCUCCACUUCCCAAUAACCCAACCAUCAAUCAGAUUAAGAUUCACAAAGAGAGAGUUACCAAGAAGGCAAAGGCAAAAGCUUGCUUGUAUGCUGCUGUUUCACCAGCUAUUUUCACAAGGAUCAUGGUUCUUGGUUCAGCUAAGGAGAUCUGGGACUUUCUAGAGGUUGAAUACAGGGGAAAUGAGAGGAUCAAGGGUAUGAAGGUGCUGAAUUUAAUCAGGGAGUUUGAGAGAAUGCAGAUGAAGGAGUCUGAGUCCAUCAAAUGGUACUCAAACAAGCUUAUCGAGAUAGCAAAUCAGGUAAGGAUCCUUGGCACUGAUUUAUCUGACAGUAGAUUAGUGCAAAAGAUUCUUGUCUCUGUGCCUGAAAGAUAUGAGGCAACUAUUGCUUCUCUCGAGAACUCUAAAGAUCUCUCCCAACUGAAAGUAAUGGAGCUGAUAAGUGCACUUGAAGCACAAGAGUAG